AUGGUUAUCCCUAAGAUGUUGUCACUUCAAGAACAACUUUUUAAUUCAUCCAUUCUUAAUCUGCAACUGAACGACUCUAAUCCAAAAUGGAAUUUACGCUCCUUCUAUCAUACACAGAAACCAUACCAAGAAUCCUUGGACUACCGAAAUCUCCCAGUUGCUGAGUUAAUCAUUGGGACUGUAACUUACAUAAUUAUAAUUGUGAUAACAAUUGUUGGCAAUUCCCUAGUAGUUAUAUCGGUGUUUAGCUAUCGUCCACUUAAAAAAGCUCAGAACUAUUUUUUAGUAUCUCUUGCAGCAUCGGAUUUAUGCGUGGCAACUUUUGUCAUGCCUCUUCAUGUUGCCAAAUUUAUUGCUGGUGGGCAGUGGUUACUAGGGAUGACUUUAUGUCAUAUAUUCACAACAGCUGACAUAAUGCUUUGUACAUCAUCUAUACUAAACCUCUGUGCCAUUGCACUGGAUCGCUAUUGGGCCAUUCAUGAUCCACUCAAUUAUGUUCAUAAAAGGACAUUAAAAUUUGUUUGUCAAACAAUUGCAGUGGUCUGGCUUGCAAGUGCAUGUAUAAGUGUACCUCCAGUUAUUGGUUGGAAUGAUUGGUCAGGUGAAAGUUUGAAAACACAUUGUGAGCUUACAACCGAGAAAGCAUUUGUUGUUUACUCGGCUAGUGGCUCAUUUUUUGUACCCCUUGUGGUUAUGGUGAUUGUUUAUGUCAAAAUAUUUUUGGCUGCUCGUCAAAGGAUCAGAACAAAUCGAAACUAUACUGAUAAGCACUCAGAGCACGCAACAAAUGCUUUAAGGCAACGUGCGCAAAUUAGUGUAUCUAAAGAAAAACGGGCCGCAAAAACUAUUGCAGUCAUAAUUUUUGUAUUUUCAUUUUGUUGGCUUCCAUUUUUUUCCGCUUAUGUUAUAUUACCAUUUUGUAAUUCUUGCUACCUUCAUCCAAAGAUUAUGCAAGCAUUUGUUUGGCUUGGAUAUAUAAAUUCAUCGCUCAAUCCAUUCCUUUACGGCAUAUUAAAUAUGGAAUUCCGUCGAGCAUUUGGGAAAAUUCUAUGCCCCAAAUUAGUUCAUUUGAAUCGUCGAAUGAAUUCGCAUCGCAAUAAAUUGUAA